UUUGUGUUUUGAUCGUCUACUGUGCGGUCGAUCGUUAAAAAGAUAUUGUUCACAAGUGUUACGAGCGCGUCGCCGAAUGUGCAUAAAGUUAGCUGAUUACUCGGAGAAGCAAUAAUAGAGAGUCAAAAAAUAGCAUUAUUUAAACACACUUCCAAUUAUUACAUAGAUAAUGUCACUUGGACGAAUAGUAAAAUUACAAGCUCUGAUAGCAAAGCCUCUGCGUAGAGCUUAUUCAGCAGCUGGGAGUCCAGAAUUAACCCAGAUUCGUCACAAUGUGAAACGCAGCGACUACGCCAACUUAGUAGACAAGGACAUUGCAUUCUUUGAGUCCAUUGUUGGUAAACGUUACGCACUACAGGAAGACUUACAAGCUUACAAUGUGGACUUUUGGCGUAGUGUGCGAGGUAACAGCAAAUUGGUGCUAAAACCCGGUAACACACAGGAGGUUUCUGCCAUUUUAAAAUAUUGCAACGAGCGCUGUCCGCAAGGUGGCAACACCGGUGUGGUGGGCGGUGCGGUGCCCGUAUUCGAUGAAAUUGUUUUAUCGUUGACGCGAUUAGACAAAAUUCUGCAUAUUGAUGAAAUCACUGGCAUAGCAGCAUGUGAGACGGGUUGCAUUUUGGAGAAUUUGAAUAACAAAGCGCGAGAAUUAGAUUUGGUAGUGCCCUUAGACUUGGGUAGCAAAUCUAGCUGUCACAUUGGUGGUAAUGUCUCCACCAAUGCCGGUGGCUUGCGUGUAGUACGCUACGGCAAUCUACAUGGCAGCGUGUUGGGUUUGGAAGUGGUGCUGGCGAAUGGUGAAAUUUUAGAUUUAAUGUCAGACUUUAAAAAGGACAACACAGGCUAUCAUUUGAAGCAUCUUUUCAUUGGCGCAGAGGGCACUUUGGGUGUGGUGACUAAAGUGUCGCUUUUGUGUGCGCCAGCGCCACAAGCACAGCACUUGGCCUUUUUGGGUUUGCCCAACUUUGAUGCUGUUCUCAAAACUUUCAAAAGCGCCAAACGAAGUUUAGGUGAAAUUUUAUCGGCUUGCGAAAUGAUUGAUGCGCCAACGCUGCAGGCCAGUUUCGAACAUUUUAAACUCAACUCACCAAUUGAAGGUUUUCCAUUUUAUAUGCUACUCGAGACAUCUGGCAGCAAUGGCACAUACGAUUUGGAGAAAAUUAAUAAGUUCGUGGAAAUCGGCAUGGAAAGGGGUGAAAUUAUUGAUGGUAUCAUAGCGGGUGAGGCUAAAAUGCAGGAAAUUUGGAGGCUGCGAGAGCUGGCACCGAUGGCUUUAACCAAGGACGGCUAUUGCUUUUACUAUGAUCUUUCGUUGCCGCUACGGCAUUUCUAUAGUAUAGUGGAGGUAAUGCAGGAACGUAUAGGACCGCUGGCGACUAGAGUCACAGGUUUUGGACAUUUGGGCGAUUCGAAUUUACACUUGAAUGUCUCUUGUUCGGAGUAUACCGACGACCUACACCACAUGAUUGAACCUUUUAUUUACGAGUAUACCCACAAGCUGAAAGGCAGCGUAAGCGCUGAACACGGCAUUGGUUUUAACAAAAAGAAUUACUUAAAAUAUAGUAAAUCACCGGAAGCGAUUGCAAUGAUGCGUGAUAUGAAAAAACUGUUGGAUCCUAAGGGUAUAUUAAAUCCAUAUAAGGUGUUGAAUUAAUAUCGAGAUUUUAUAACUGUGCCAUGUGUAUAUUACAUAAAACAAAAAAAUAAAUAAACAUAACCUCCAAAUAUGCGUUUAUAGUAACUUAUCAGUUAUUUUUUCUUUGUUAAACAUAUUCACAUGCAUACACACAUACAUAACAUUUAUUUACCUAAAGAAGAAACUCAAUGCUAUUCGCUUAAAUAGUUUUCCUCGACUACAGCAAAUGAAAACCUUACUCUUUCGCCGGUCACAUGAUCUACCAAUGACUACAAAUACAAGCAGCAGCAGCACAAAGUAAUCGAGCACCAAACAUGCCGUCGCUUUUUUAUGUCACUGUGAAAAGUUAUAUACAUAGGUGCGUAAAUUAUGCCGGUCCGAUGGGUGUGGCUUUCCAAUUUUGCUAAGAGAAAGCAUUUUGAAAACCAAUUCUCUUCAAAUAUUUAAAUAGCUCCACUAUUUCCAUAAGUAGAUUCUCGCAGAAAUAGAAAUAUU